AUGGCUGAGCAACUCCCCCCGGGCUGGGUAUCGCAAUGGGACGAAACCUACCAACGGCCGCUUUACAUUCAGACUGAAACUGGACACACACAAUGGGAGCCACCAGCGGAAGUUGCAUCGCACAUGCAGCAAGGCCUACAUGACUCCCAAGCUGCCCCCGCCGCCCAUCAUUCCAAACGCCGGCAAUAUGCUGCUGGUCAGUCUCAAGCGUACUCGGGUGCAGCAGAUUUGCCACCUAUGCAAGUGCCAAACUAUCCCGAUCCAUCGGCUGCUACAGGUCCAGCUCUCUUUACCCCUGGACUCGACCAAUCACAAAUGCAAGCCCAAGCCCAGCAGUACUAUGGCCAACCUGCGCCAGGUCCAGUCCCGCCCGCAUAUGGUCAACCUCAGCCAGCAUACGGUCAGCAAAUGAACCAAAUGGCGGACCAAUUCGCACAGAUGGGCAUGGGCGGGCAAAAGGGUCAUGCACUCCAUACAGUCAAUCUCAUUGGUACCUAUCUCGACCCCCAAGAGCUUUCAUAUCCACCGCCCGAGAUUCGGCUUCCGCCUGGCGCAUGCAUCUCUCAGUCACCUCUCGCCAAUGCUGACCCCUCCUACAUGCGCUGCACUGUGAAUGCUAUUCCCACCACCAACGCGCUUUUGAACAAGUCCAAACUUCCCCUUGCUCUAGUUCUUGCCCCGAAUCGUUCCGUUCGCGCGACAGACAAUGAUCCUGAAGUACCGGUGAUAACCGAUACAGUUAUCGCCCGCUGCCGUCGAUGCCGCACAUACAUCAACCCCUAUGUACAGUUUAUCGACGGUGGCAAUCGUUGGAAGUGUUGCAUGUGCUCCAUGAGCAACGAAGUUCCCCAACUAUUUGACUGGGACCAAGCUCGUAAUCAACCCGCCGAUCGAUGGGCCCGUGCCGAACUAAAUCAUGCUGUCGUCGAGUUCAUUGCUCCAACCGAAUACAUGGUCCGACCGCCUCAACCACCUGUGUACACGUUCUUAAUCGAUGUGUCACACAGUGCAGUACAAUCUGGGAUGGUAGCAACAGCAGCUCGUGCAAUCUUAGAGUCAUUAGAUAGGAUACCAAAUGCAGAUGACCGGACCAAGGUCGCAAUUAUUGGAUUCGAUGUAGCACUCCAUUUCUUCAGCGUUGUGCCCGAUUCGACUGACGUUACAAUGCUGGUUGUCUCCGAUUUGGAAGACGUCUUCCUGCCCAAGCCAACUGACUUGCUUAUUAAUUUGAAGGAGGCUCGGGCUGGUAUUGAGGCGCUUCUCGGCCGCCUCAACGAUAUGUUCCAGGACUCGCAUGCCAUUGGAAGCGCGAUGGGUCCAGCUCUCCAAGCCGCUUACAAGCUUAUACAUACUAUUGGUGGAAAGAUCAUGGUGUUGUCUUCCACUUUACCUACUCUGGGCGAAGGUGCUCUCAAGCCCCGUGAAGAUCCUAAGUUAUUGGGAACCGCGAAGGAAUCGAGUCUACUUCAACCAGCAUCACCGUUCUACAAGACCUUUGCGAUUGAUUGCUCGCGUGCCCAAAUUUCAGUUGAUAUGUUCUUGUUCAGCAAUGCAUACACUGACGUUGCAUCUUUGAGCUGCUUGCCUCACUAUACGUCUGGUCAAACCUUUUUCUACCCGGCUUUCAAUGCCAGUCGGGCUGAGGACGCACUAAAGUUUGCUCAUGAGUUUGGGGAAGUGCUUGGUAGCCCGAUUGGCUUAGAGGCCGUCAUGCGCGUUCGCGCAUCUCGAGGUCUCCGUAUGUCACAAUUCUACGGAAACUUCUUCGUACGCUCGACGGAUUUGCUCGCUCUUCCGGCUGUCCCUCUUGACCAAUCGUACGCAAUUGAGGUCCAAAUAGAAGAAAAUAUUACCGCACCAUUUGUAGUUUUGCAGACUGCAGUCUUACAUACAACAUCAUUCGGCGAGCGCCGUAUUCGUGUCGUUACCCUCGCUCUCCCCACAACAUCUAAUGUAUCCGAGUUGUACGCGUCAGCCGACCAGAUUGCGAUUGCUACCUACCUUGCCAACAAGGCAGUUGAGCGAUCUCUGUCUUCGAAAUUAGAAGAUGCUCGUGACGCAGUAACGAACAAACUUGUUGACAUUCUAGGUACAUAUAAGAGUACAAUGACUGCAGCGGGAAGUGGCGCGAGUGCCCAGCUUUCCGUGUCUGAGAAUCUCAAGUUCUUGCCAAUGUUGUGUCUGGGAUUGUUGAAGCAUGUCGGUUUGAGACAAAGUGCCCAGAUUCCACCCGAUCUACGUGCGUAUGCUCAAGCGUUAUUGACAACGCUUCCGUCUCAGCAAUUAAUGGCAUAUAUCCACCCAUCGUUUUAUGCACUACACAAUAUGAGUCCCGAGUGCGGGACAGUAGGCGAGCAAGGGAUUAUCAUGCCUCCUGCCAUGAGCCUCACUAGCGAGCGUUUCGAGCGACACGGUCUCUACUUGAUCGAGGACGGCCAGAACAUGUUCCUCUGGGUCGGCCGCGAUGCAGUGCCUCAGCUCGUCAUGGACGUAUUCGACCUGCCUAACUACGAAGCCCUACGAGGCGGCAAGCAAACCCUGCCGACACUGGACAACGAGUUCUCUCAGCGGAUCAACGCCGUGGUCGCCAAGACUCGUGUGCUUAGACGGGGACCGUACUGGCCGCACCUAUACGUGGUGAAGGAGGAUGGAGAGCCUGCGCUGAGGAUGUGGGCACUGAGCAUGUUGAUCCAAGACCGCAUGGACCAGACUCCGAGCUACGCUCAGUACAUAUCUUCAGUCAAGGAUAAGACUGAGCUACUCAGUGCCAGCAGGGAGGAGAGCGAAUCAGCUAAAAUGGAUUAUGACCAAGAGUUUUUUGGGAUGUUCGACUUGUCUCCUCAAGGAUUUCCCUGGACCAAUCCCCAACGGGAGAUCAUCAUUCGUCGAAGAGAGGAUGAGAUGAAUGGCGACUUGUUCUUCGAUGAGUUAUUGAAACUUGCUGGCAUCGAUGCGCACACUGUAUAUCCCCCACGCGAUGUCCGACCUUCCAUCGUCUUACACUGGAACGAUGGCAGGGAGAAACCAUUCGCGCAGAGCAAGCAGCUCCCUCCACAGUUUGUGUUUGUUUCAGACGCGUAUUAUUUACUGGACGUGGGCCGGGCUGAGGAGGCUGUUCCCUACCUGUGUGAUAGCCGAGUUCUGCAUGAAUUUACAAGCAAGAUAAUGUUGACGCUCUCGUCUAUUCCGGAGCCAUCAGUAGCGUCCCGGUGCUUGCUGCGCUUUGUUCGCGUUGCCAAACCCACACUUGCUAGCCAGGAUGACCUCGACAUAUAUGUCAACGCUCUCUGUUAUUCCAGCAUCACAGACGCUUGGCUGUAUCAGAGGUCCCUUCAGGAAGGUCCUGAACGGGAACGCUACAUUCAUAGGAUAGUUGCUUUCUGCUUCCAUCCCAAGCCUCGCCCAGAACCUUUGAAAACGUUACUCAGUUUUCCUUUUACGAUUUAUGAGGAUCGUAUAGUGAAAGCGAUGGCUCUAGCCCCUCCUGAAACUCUUUCAGACGCAUCGGUCGCUAUUUUCCAAAACAUGAUUCACGUCCGACUCAUUCAUUCAGGUCACUACAGCGAAGCAAUUCAACUGGAUCGUCAGUUCGCCAAUGCGGGAACAGCCACUGGACCAGCGGUCAAAGAGGCCGCAGCUCGUCGGAAAGAAACACUGGAGGAGCUCAUGGGAGUCAUACCUGUGGUGCAGCGCCGUGUCUUGGAGAUGGGCAUCGAGGAGCAAGAGGCAGAGGCUCGGAAGGGUAAAGGUCCACUCAUUCACGGCUACGCCAAUGGACAAACUAAUACCGACCUGGCGAUGUCGUGGGAGCACAUUAACGGUUCAAGUUCGAUGAUAAUAGACCCCGUGACGCAAUCGCCCCCUCGUAACCAAUCUACCCAGCCGUUGGCAGUUUCUAUGACUCCUCUAACAGCUUCAGCUGCCUUCCGCCAAGCUGGUUCGAAUGCAGCCGUUCUAAAAGCAUUUGUCCAUACUUCGCGCCUUGAGGGAUCCCCUUACGCUAAAUCUGGAAGCUCAACACCUCUGGCAUCCAUGAAUUUCAAUGCUACAAAUUCGAGUGCUCGCAGUCCCUUCGCCCGUGCCAUGUCAUCUCAGAGGCAUGGUUCUCAAGCUGCUGGAAGCCCUACACCGUCCCGUUUCGCUCGGGCAUCAUUUGGCUCUUACCAGGCUCGCAGCACUACUUCGACUCCCGUAUCCACGCUGAAUCCAACUACCACACCAGGAGCCAAACCAAUCACACGCCCUGCCUUCAACAUUUCCAGUGGUUCUGCGGGGAAGAUAUCUGCAUCGCGGUCACUGGCGAUGCCUGUCACAGAAAACACCCCUUCGAAGCCCUUUGUCAACCCAUUGUCCAGCGCAACAGUCAAUGGCUCUGGUCCGUCCGCACGGCGCGUUACACCAAUCAAACGCCCCUUCUCUAGUUCAGGAGGGCCUGGCGAUCGGUCUAUGUCUACCUCAGCAUAUGAUGAGAAUAUUCGCAGUUGGAAUGGCAUUCCUGUUCCUGAACAACAAGACAUUGACAUGGAUUACGACGAUGGGCUUGAUGAAGAUUUUAUUGUUCAACCAGCAUAUUCUCGGCCCCGAUACAAUCCUCCAGAAGACGUGUCUGAGCAUGAAAUUGAGCAUGAAGAACACGUGGAAGAACACGUAGAAGAACACGAGCAAAAUCAAGAUCCUGGUCAAGAGACAGAGCAGGAGGAAGAAGAUCAUGAAGAGGAGCAAGAACAAGAGCAAGAGCCUGAACCUGAACCUGAACUAGAGCAGAGCCUAGACCCUGUCCGCUCGUUACGAAAUACCUCCCGGAAACAUAAGGAUGCGCCCUCUGUUUCGAGAACAUCAUCGGAUGCUCACCUACCUGGCGCCUUCCCGAAUUCACCUCGGAUGCCGCGCUCGAGCCUCGCCCCUGUUGAGGAACAGGAGUCUCCGAAAAAACCCGCUGCUCGCCGCUCCACGCGACGUGUUUCGCGUGCAAAUAGCAUUGCUGCGACGGACGAUGGAGAGGAUGAACCAAAACCCAGACGGUCAAGUCGGCUUUCUCAUGUUCCCGAAUCGUCUCCGCCCCCGCAAUCUCCUCCCCGCACUACAAAACCAUCUUCGCGUAAAUCAAAAUCUGGAACAACGAAAUCUUCAACCACCACUAGAGUAAAGACUAGGCGCCAAACAGAGGUCAUCCCGGAAGAGGCGUAA